UCUCGACUAAAGCACUAUUUUAGAAACAGUUCUGAGCAUCAGAACGAGAGAGAGAAGAAGCAGAGACACAGAGAAGCACGAUGGAAGAGUUCAAAUGGAUCAAAAUGUCUUUAUUUCUGAUACCGCUGCUUCACUUUACAGCAGCAGCAAACAGACAGUUUCUGCUCUCCUCCACUGUCAGAGAUGGAGAUGAAGUCACUUUGUCCUGUGAAAAUGUAAGAGAUGAUCAGAAUAACUGUGACGGUACGACAUGGACUUUCAGUUAUUUAAGAAACACAGCAGUAGAGCUGGUUAGACUUGGUCAGAUUGGUGCAAACUCCAAAACUAAAUCAGACAGACUGAGUGUUAGAGAGAACUGUUCUCUGGUUAUAAAGAAUGUCACAGAUGAGGAUGUUGGUAGUUACUACUGUCAGCAGUACAACAAAACAGAACAACAUCAAGGUCAAGACUCUCAGGUUUAUCUCUCUGUUGUUACCAUGACUGAAGAGAAGAACGAUGAUAUAGUGACGUUAAACUGCUCUGUGUCGACAUAUGAACGAUGUAAACACACAGUGAAGUGGCUGUAUGAGGGUAAAGACGUGGCUAAAGAUCACCCAAACAUUGAGACAUUACAGAGUGACUGCUACACCACUGUGAAAUGGCAGGAUCCUGUGGAUUCUGUGGAUCCUGGUUUAAUUUACAAACCAAGGUCUAACUUAUUGAAGUGUGAAGUGACAGAUGGUUACACUGAAGAAGUGCAGCUGUUUCCCUUCAUCCCUCCUCAUUCCUCAAGAGAGAAACCAGCUGCUGAUGCAACAACAACGACUACAAUAUCAGCAACAUCAGAGACAAUGAGCACAUCGAAAGCAACAAGAACUUCUGAUAAAAGCCCAGAAUCAGUACCAACCACCACAGCAAUCAGUGAUCCUUCAACCAAACUACAAGGUAGUAACUCAUAGAUUUUACAGUACGUCUUUCUCUAGAAUCUCGCUCUCUCUGUCAGUCUCU